GAGGGGAGCUCAGGAGAAGAGUGCAGGAGAAAUUGCAGAUCGAGAGUGAGUGACUCCAGCAGAGCUGGAAGGGAGACAUGAGCACUGAAAGAGAACUUAUGGCUGGACAGUGUCUCUUUAAUUAUUAAGGACUCCUUCGACGGGGAGUUAAUGAUCAUCGAUAACCUAUCGGGCUCCGUCUUCCAUCAUUACUCCUCGCCGGCCAUGUGCGAGAAGUGUAACCAUGACAAGCAAGAGGUCCAGCUGGCUGAAAUGGAAGCGUUAUCCCUCAACUCAGACAAGUCCUCUUCCAUCCUUCUAGGAGAUGAGUCAGACAAUCGAAAUACUGCUCAGCUGAAUCCUAAGGAGAUCAAGCAGGAUGGCCAGGACAACCCUGACUCCACUGGGGCAGACAAUGUGGAGGAAAGCCUGCUUCCAGCAUCCAGUGAGGAUGGCUCUGCAAACCCAGACAGUUACCUGUGUGAAAUGGAGAAUACUUCUUUCAACUCCGUUCAGUCUUGGCUAAAGCAUGAAAGUACCAAAGUCCCUCCCAGCCCCUUCUCUCCAGGUGCAUCUUCCCCUCUGUUACCCGUACCAACAGAAUUUUUCCACCCAGCCAUCUCUGCCACCCAAACAGGGCCUGAGGAAGUCUCGUGUCCACACAACCUUCCAAAGAUCUCCCUGCAAGGCUCGUGGGCAUCACUGAGAUCUCCAGGUGUGAACUGCUCACUUCUCCAUCAGCCCCCCGAGAGCGACCCGUCUCUGGACAGCGGCAGCAGCAGCUCGGCCGGCAGCCUGCAGACCACGCUGGAGGACAACAGCCUCAACCUCAGCGACUCUCCGCAGUGUGCCCUGGACCUGCCGGUGGCUCUGUGCCCCGUGCCGGCGGCGGGCAGCCAAAGACCCCUGGCAGCCCCCCUGUCCCCCGCCUCCCGCCGCCGGAGCCUGCGGGGCCGGGGGCUCUUCAACCUCCUGUCGCUGACCUCGCUCUUCUCGCCGCCCCCGGCGGCGCUGACCCUGCUGAAGAAGUGCAGCAGCACCAGCAGCCUCCAGGCCAGCCCCUCGCCCCGCCGCCCCGCCGCCCACCACGCCAAGCCCUUCUACACCGUCGACCCUCGGGGCUUCCUCUCCAUGCCCUCCUGGGUGACGGACUUCUGCAAGGACACCCCCUCGGCCAGGGAAGGAGAGGAGCCAGACGGCCCCGGCAGACUGGGGACAGGGGACCGCAGCUCCCCGCUCCCUUCCGAGCUGGAGCUGGGCGACGGAGUCAGCAAGAGGAACAGAUGA